UCAUGUGAUGCAGGAAGAGAGCGCAAAUGAUAUGGAAUGUGAGCAGCUGCCAGCAGAGACACUGCGACAAGUGACCAUUCACCGAGACCCUAUAUAUGGCUUUGGCUUCGUGGCCGGCAGUGAGAGGCCUGUGGUGGUGCGAUCUGUGAGGCCAGGAGGCCCCUCUGAGGACAAGCUCCUGGCUGGUGACCAGAUUGUGGCUAUUAAUGAGGAGGACGUGAGUGAAGCCCCAAGGGAGAGGUUCAUAGAACUCAUCAGGAGCGCUAAGGAAUUCAUCGUUCUUACAGUUCUGCACACUCAUCAGUCCCCCAAAUCUGCCUUCAUCAGUGCUGCAAAGAAGGCCAAGCUGAAAUCCAAUCCUGUGAAGGUCCGAUUUUCCGAGCAGGUGGCAGUUGGAGAAACAGAUGCAAAAAUGAUGAAGAAGGAAGCUCUUCUCCUCAUCCCCAAUGUCCUGAAGGUCUUCUUAGAAAAUGGACAGAUCAAGUCUUUCACAUUUGAUGGCCGGACCACUGUUAAGGAUGUGAUGGUGACAUUGCAGGACCGUCUUUCGCUCAGGUACAUUGAGCACUUUGCUCUUGUCCUUGAGUAUGCUGGGCCAGAACAGAACCACAAGUUCCUGCUUCUCCAGGACAAGCAGCCCCUGGCUUAUGUGGUACAGCGGACACACUAUCAUGGAAUGAAAUGCCUCUUCCGAAUAAGCUUCUUUCCCAAAGACCCUGUGGAGCUACUGCAUCGGGAUCCUGCUGCUUUUGAGUACCUGUACAUCCAGAGUCGGAACGAUGUUAUCCGAGAACGCUUUGGAAUGGACCCCAAGCCAGAGAUGCUUUUGGGCCUUGCUGCCCUCCACAUCUAUAUCACUGUCUCAGCCACUCGACCUAGUCAGAAGAUUUCUCUCAAGAAUGUGGAGAAGGAGUGGGGCCUGGAACCCUUUCUUCCCCCCUCCCUCCUACAGGGCAUCAAAGAGAAGAACUUCCGGAAAUCCCUUUCUCAGCAACUGAAGGCUCACCAAACACAUCCUUCCAGUGGCACCAAGGGCUCCACAAUUCAGGCAAAGCUCCAAUAUCUUCGAAUUCUGAAUGAACUUCCAACCUUCACUGGUGUUUUGUUCAACACUGUGGGCCUGGACGAGAAGCAAUCAGCCACCACUCUUCUGGUGGGACCCCGGCAUGGUAUCAGCCAUGUUAUUGACCUCAAAACCAACCUUACCACUGUGCUGUCCGAGUUCAGCAAGAUCAGCAAGAUCCAGCUGUUCCGGGAGAACCAAGGUGUGGCCCGAGUGGAGACCAGCAUCAUGGAUGCCAAGCCUCUGGUGCUGUUGAUGGAGUGGCCUGAAGCCACCAAUUUUGCCUGCCUGAUUGCAGGGUACUGCCGCCUCCUGAUGGAUUCCAGGAAGAUGGUUUUCUCCAGGCCCACCAACCAGCCUCUUCCACCUCCAAUGAUCAAGGCAGAUUACAUGCACAGUGCCCAUCGCCCUGUCACUGGGGGCCACCUGGGGAAAAAGGAGAGUAGUUAUGUGGGCAGCAUGGGCACCAGCCCCAGGAAGUCGAGCUGCUGCACGCCCCCGCCUGCCGACUCUGAGCUUGUCAGCUUUUGCUACCUCCACAUGCGGGAACAAAGGAAGGAGCAGGAAAGCCGGACAGAUGUCAAUGAGAAUUUAAUCUUCUUUGAGGAGACCAGGCCCCGGACCAAAUCUGACCCCACUUCCAAAAGCUCUGGCCAAGGUUACAAUGUGGUCCCUGAUGACUUUGAUGCAGCCAGUCUAGACCACGAGCCUUGUGCCAGUAGGGCCAGAUCUUAUACCUUGGACAAUUCCCUUGGGACUGAAGCUCUGAAUUUCUACUGUGACUCUUGCAAAACCAAACUCCAGGAGCAGCUGGGUCCUCGCAAAGGUGGGAGGCCUGGUUCCUCUCGUGAUAAUAUAGUAGACCUGAUGUCCCUUCCACCCCCUGGGAGUGAAGAGGAAGAAGAGGAGGAAGAUGAGAGUACAUCCCUGUUGCCUGCCAUUGCUGCCCCACCUCCUGGUUUCCGAGACAACAGUUCUGAUGAGGAUGACUCCAAGCGCCGGGCAGCCCAGAGCCAGGAACAAGGACGCCACCUGCGUGGGCUCCUGUAUGAUGAGAUUCCAGUGACAUUGAUUGACAGCAUGCAGACCCGAACUGUCCGAGAUCAUGCUCAGGAGUUGGAUGAUGCACUAGUGUCCACUCUGCAGGCUCUAGAAGCCUUGGCAGCAUCAGAGGAUGGACCACACCCUCCACCCCCACAGACUGCAGGUCUGAUUGUGCUGGCCACAAUCACCCCUGAAUCAUCGCUGGACUCGGGCCAUGAAACCAACUCUUCAGAGCUCACAGAUAUGUCAGAGAUGAUGUCUGCCAUGAAGCAGCACCAGAACACCACCUACUUCCUGACCCAGCACCUCAACAAAGACAGUCUUCUGACCCGCAAGGACCUGCCUUUCCGGAUCCAGAGCUGUGCGGCCCAGGCUGUUCUCACAGCCCCUUACUCUCUUGGGCGCCCGGAUCCCAACCCAUCCCUCCAGCCAGCUGUCACAGGCCAGAGUCCUGGCCCCCCUGGCGCUAGGAGGAAGCUGCCCCAGCCAGAGGCUCAGUCACAGCGAGAGCGAACAUAUGCCCUGGCAGUGCACCCAGCACUGUCCCCACAGCUUAAUGAACAGAAGAAUCUGAGCCUGCUGUCCCCAGUUCCUGAGGACAAAGGGCCUGGCUACACUAAGGCAGGCCUAGAGAUGUCACUGAGGGCGGCCACACCAUCCCUCAGUGAAGAGAAGGUCUCUGAACUAAGGGGGAACCUGCCAAAGGAGGUCCGGUUGAGCCCCAAGCUUAUCCUGGACCCAAAGGGCAGUGUGACCCCAGCUAUCAUUUCAGCUGCCCUACAGCAGGUGGUUCACACUAAGAGUCUACCUGCCUCUGGCGGGGCCCUGGGGAACCCUUCCAGCAGUGGGGAAAGGAGGCUGGAGGCCAGCGUGGGGAAGCCAGAGGUCAGCAUGAUGAGUGACAGUGCCAAUAAGAAUCUUAAGUUCAAAAUAAGCCCAGAGAUCUCUUCCAGCUCCCGAGUAACCACAGGUAGCCGGGCUGACAGCCUGCACCUCUCCCCACAAAAGGAUAGGCUGCCUGUUCAAAGUUUCCCUCCCAAAAGCUAUCAUUUGAGAGCGAGUCGAGAGCCAGUGGGCAAGCAAGCUACAGGGGAAGUGGCAGGCAAGGGUAAGCCAGAGGGUGUUAAGCCUUCCCUGUAUAAGCAGAGCACCAUCUCCAGCCAAGGGGAGAAGGGGCAGCUGGAGAGCACACCCCAAAGCAGCAAGCUUGAGGAGACCAGCCUGGUUUCCCGAGCUAGCUACCCCAUAGCUCUGCAGAGUCCCAGCUGCCCAUCUCAAGGCCACAGCCCCAGCUUCCAAUCACGAGGCCACAGCCCCAUCAGCCUGUCCCGAGGCCAGAGCCCCAGCUGCCUUCCUCAAGGCCAGAGCCCAUUGAGGCCCCAGGCUGCCAGCCGUCAGGUGAGCACCAUGCCCUCUAGGAAGCUUGAAACAACCCUGGAUGGAGCCCAAGUGACCUCCGAAGGCCCCACAAAGCCCAAAUCAUCUCGAGGUCCUUUCAGGCUACGCAAUUUAUUCUCUGCCACCUUCCCAACCCGCCAGAAGAAGGAAACCGAUGAGCGGCAGGCCCAGCUGCAGAAGGUAAAGCAGUAUGAGUUGGAGUUCCUUGAGGAACUUCUAAAGCCACCAAGCCAGGGGGAGCUGCCGGGCACUGAAUACCUCCAACCUCCAGCACCAGGCCGCUGCAGCUGCCAGCUACGCAGCAGCCCUAUACAGCAGGGGCCUGGCAUGUCCCGUGAGCAGAGACGCAGCUGUGAUUGUAAACGCAUCUGCCGGGGGGGUCGGCCACAGGCGCCCCAGACACCAGUGCCCGGCUUCCAAGGGAGGGAGAAGGACAAGGUCCUGCCUACCCAGAGGCAGCCAGAGGCUGGCCCAGACUUGAACCUUGGCAGUCCCACCAAUGUCCGGCGCAUCCGCUCCACCAGCGUGGAAUCCCGAGAGUGCCGAUCAGACCCUGAGAGCGGUAUUUCGUGCCUGAGCACAUGUGCCUCAGGGGGCGAGUGUCUGGGAGCUCCCAACUAUAGGAAACUUAUGCGCCGCUAUAGUAUCAGUGACCCGGACCAGGGUGACAGGGCCUCACUGACCUCGGAUGUCUAUCCACAGCCACCCCUGGGCAUGCUGCCCAGGGAGGCCAAGGAGGUAGAGACAGGCCUCCCCCUAGGCUUGGGUCCCAAAAGCAAGCCUCUGGAGUCACCAACCCUAGGAGACCCCUCAUAUGUCCAAGUUGCUCCUGAGACCAAAGGCCCCAAACAGAUGGCCGUGUUCUCACUGCCAGAAGAGGUGUACCGGAAGCCCGCCGAGUUGGACGAAGACAGUGAAAGCAGCAAGUGCUGCUCCAUCCGCUACUGCUUCUACUACCGCAAGUGUGACAUAGCGGAUGAUGCCAGUGAUGGCAAGGAUGAGCUCUCCUACUCCAUCCCCAUGAAGAUCCUGCCUGGUAUGAAGCUGGACGAGAAGGUGGUGCCCGUAGUGAGCAGGACCCUGCAGGUGCUGGAUGCUGCCACCUGCAGCAGCAGCAGCCCUGAGGCCUCCCGCACCCAGGAAAUUGACCUGCGGGUAUCUACCUUCGAGGGGAGCCUAGCCAAGAUCAAUGCCCUGCGGGCCCAUGCCUAUGGCCUGCCUGACGGCUUCCUGGCUGCCCGGCUGGACACCAACGAGUUGCUGACAGUCCUGCGGCAAUGUGUGGCCAGCCCUGAGGCCCGCGCUCCCAAGCCCUAUGGCUCCCAGAUCUCUGAGUACAAGCUGGAGCUGUUUCUCAAGUUCAAGGAGCUCCGGGCUUCCUGCCGCCGCGUAGCCAACGUGGACAAGAGUCCAACUCACAUGCUGGCAGCCAUCACGGGCAGCUUCCAGGUGCUGAGCAGCCUCAUUGAGACCUUCGUGCGGCUGGUGUUCAUCGUGCGCUCCGAGGCACAGCGCCAAGAGCUGCUGGCCAAGGUAGAAGAGGUGGUAAGGAACUACACCUUCCUGCUGCGUGCUGCUGAGGAGUCCACCAUCCGGAAUCUGAACCAGCAGCAGCAGCAGCAGCAGCAACAGCAGCAACAGCAGCAGGCAGCAGCAGCUAUGGGGGUAACCCCGGGGCACCCACCAGGAUCCCCAACUUCGGCGACUGUUAUGAGCACAUUCACCCACCCCUUAAAAACCCUUAUUAAGUAG